AUACGUGACAUAAACUAUAUCUUUUAAACUAUAAUAAACAUUGAAGCAUAACCUAUAUUUCGAUAUUCACAUGUUCGAAUAACAUAUGGAUGGAGUUUUAACUUUUCAGUCGCUAUAUAUAACAUACAUACGCACAUAUAUGUUCAAUGUCAGUACUGAAAAUUUAUAUAAUUCGUGUUAUAUAUAUAAUAUAGAUCUUUAAUAUUCGAAUAGAUCUAUAAGUAGGAUUCAACAGCUUUAAGUGGAUCGUACAGUAUACGACAUUUCAAAACUCUUGCAAAAACUUUGCAACGUCAAGUGGAUUCUAACCUAUAUUACGCGUUGUCCCAGUCAGCUAUAAAUUUUGAAGACAAAAAAUGUCUAAUGAAGUAAAGAUGUUACUGAAGGAAGCUCGAGAGUCCUUCAAGCAGCAUGAAUAUUUGGAAACAAUGAAAAAAUGCAAGAAAAUCUUGAAGAACGUUAAAAAUAAUUAUGCAGCAUUGGUUCUGCUAGCUGCUGCUAUGCAGGAAGUGGAAGAAUUCAAGUCGCAAGUAGCACUGGUUCUACAAAAAGCUGUAGAGAUCCAACCAACUAAUCCAUUGGCUUGGCAAGGUUUAGCAGCACACUAUGAAAAAGCACCAGAGGAUAAUGAUAAUUGGAAAAAGUUGGCUGUAAUUUAUUGCAAACUCUUACAGUUAGAUAAUGAUUCUCCCAAGUUCAUGCAUUUUUUAAACAAAGUUUCCGAAAUUGUUCUGAGAGUCAACGAUGAUGAAGUACUGUCUGAGGUGUUGGAUACAUUGAGUAUAUUGCGAGAACUUCCUACCAAAGAAAAGACAAGUUUAAUCAACAAGACUCUAGCACAGGUUUUAACAGAGUAUCCUAGUACUCUGCACAAGUAUCAGGAGCUUUUUGAGAAUGUAUUGGCAUCUGUAGUAGGGGAUGUAGAUCUAGUGAAUAGACAUGAGUAUUAUAGAAAGUAUCUGAAGAUAUUGUAUGAUGCAAAAAAAUUUACAGUUUUAUUAGUAGAAGCCCAGCAAAUGCACACCCAGUUUCCACAGAACAAUCUUCCUUUAGAAUGGAUAUGCCGUGUAUAUUAUGAAGAGACUGUAUUAAAUGAAAAUGAACUUGAAAUAGAUAUAAUUUGUUUCUGUGAGUCUCUCUUAAAGUUGAAUAUGAACUCUGAAAUGGCAUUAAUUGCAAAGGCAACAUAUUUGAUGCAUACAGAUAACUUGAUUGACUCUCGUGAAUGUUUAAAUCAAGUAAUCUUGCUAAAUGUACAAUCAUUUUAUGCUUGGUUCUUGUUAAACAAAGUUUACUGCAAGUUAUAUUGCUGGGAGGAGGUUGAAGACUCUUCCAGACGAGCACUACGAUUGCUGAAAUCUUCUCUGAAGGACCAAUUGCAACAUAAAAUUAAAUUGACGUUACUUGAAGCAAUGAGUAGAAGUAGCGACAGGCGGAAAUUAUUAAAGGCGCGAGAGCUAUGUGAAGAAUUGUUAAAAAAUGACCUCUCCGUGCAACUACAACUGAUACACGCCCGAAUAAACAUUUCGUUGGACGAGCCGAAUGCUAUCGACGCAUUAGGCGAUUUAGAGUCCCAGGACGAGAUUAAGAUUCAAGCUUUUAUCAUCAAAGCGUCGUAUCUGAAGAAAUACGGGCAGCUGGAGGAAGCUAUCAAUAUCCUUGAACUGGCUCUGGAAAGUUCUGAAGCUUGGCUGCUGUUUGGUCAAAUAUACUGGGAUAUGGGUGACUAUAAUCACAGCCUAGUGGCUUUCUUGAAUGGUGUCAAGGCGGACCGUAACAAUUGGGAAUGCAUGAUUCACCUGGGACGUUAUUAUCGCGAAUGCGUGAACGACGUGAAACUCUCGAGGAGAUGUUACCAGACGGCAUUGCAAAUCAAUCCAAACUCCGAGGAGGCUGGAAUCGGACUGAGCACUGCUUAUCGAAUGCUGAAGAAUACUGACGCUAACAUACAGCUGCUACAGAAAGUGACCAUGCAAGGUACCGGUCCGAAGUGGGCUUGGCUUCAAUUGGGUCUGCAACACUUGGAUGAUGGUAAUGCGGGAGAAGCUAUCAAAGCAUUGCAGCACGUUAUCAGAGCCGACCCCAACGACAACCACAGUUGGGAGUCUCUGGCGGACGCGUAUUUGGUGCGCGGUGCUCAUAUGUCCGCACUGAAGUCGUAUCAACGCGCUUUACAACUUUCACCGGGAUCCUUGUAUCCUAUAAUACAACUUGCAAAUAUUAAACUACUAAUCGGCCAACACAAAGAAGCUAAAGAGGAUUUUGAGAACAUAUUGCAAAACGAUGAGCAAUAUGUACCCGCAUUAAAAGGUCUAGCUCAGGCAUGUUUAGGUCUGGCGAAAGAGAACAUCGCGAAACAUUUCCUAAGUCGAACGAGAGAAAAUCUGCAACAAGCAGCGGAUAAUCUGACGAGUGCUGUUAUGCUACGCAGCGAUCUGUCCUGCAAUUGGAAAUUGCUCGGUGAUGUGUGUUACAGAAUAGCCGCUAUGCCGAGGAAGCAUUGCUACUUGAAAGUGAAGCCUAUUUUGAUAAAGUCCGAUAGUGCUGAGAAGCACAUCAAAAUUAAGGGAGACGAAACGCUCAAAUUAGCUAUAAGGUGUUUUUGCCGGGCGCUGUCGCUCGCACAGAAUUCUGCGUUGUUAUGGCACGAUUUAGCGUGUUGUUACUCGAUGCAAUUGCAGCGUAAUUCCACGAUCAAUAAGAGCGAUGUGACGGCCAAGUGUCUCGCUGCUGCAAAGCAAGCGAUCAAACUCUGUCCACAGUCAUGGUUACAUUGGAACCUGCUAGGUGUCAUUUGCGUGUCGCAAAAUGUGAAAAACUACGCCUUAGCUCAACACUGUUUUGUCAUGGCCAUUGACAGAGAGCCGAAUAACGCGAUAGCUUGGAGCAACCUAGGAACGUUGUAUUUGCAUCUAGGAGAUAGCUAUAGAGCGAAUGAAGCAUACUCCCGAGCCCAACGCGCGGAUCCAUGCUACGUGAACAGUUGGGUCGGCCAAGGGUUGAUCGCAGAAAAAUUCUUGAAAAAAGAAGCGAUGGAGUUGUUUCAACACUCGACGAAAUUGGGCUACCACAACGAAGCGGUCCUUGGUUAUGCUCACUGGGUACUUUCCGUUCUACUGAAUCCCACAUUGAACAGAGAACAGUCUUCCAUCUACUUCAUCGAGAAUAUGCAUGCGAUACCUGCGGCAGCGGACGUCCUCACCUGGUACAUAGAACGUGAGCCCAACGACAUUUACGCUUUGAACACUCACGGUUUGCUGCUGGAACGACAGAAAUUACACAAAUCUGCGGCUGAUAGAUUUGCUGCGGCUUUAGAACUGAGCACGAACGAGUAUUCGGACAUGAUAAAUCUCAAUCUGGCACGUGUCAUGCUCCAGUUAGAACGGUACGAUGAAGCAGUACGGUUAUGUGGACAAGUGAAACAUAACGAUUUCAAUUCUCAAUGCCACUUAGCAUUGUCCACGUUCAAAGCCAAGCAGUAUGAGAAGUCCUAUGAGGAUUACGAAGGAGCUCUCCACUGGCUAGCAGAGACUGAUACCGCUAAAGCAUACGUCCUUUGCGCGAUGGGUGCGAUAGCUUAUACUUUUAAGAAAAUAGACGUCGUGAAGACCCUGCUGUUCCAAUGUUUGCAAAUACCACAACCUGUGAUGACCGCUUAUUUGGCGCUCGCGGCCUUAGGAAUUCUGCACAAUGACAUCGAUCUGACCGCUUUAGUACUGAAAGAAUUGAAGUUAUACGAACAUCAUCCCGAAUACGGCCACCACGCUAUCACAUUGACUGCGUAUUAUCAUGUUUCUCAGCAAAACAUUACCGAAGCUAUCCGGGUGUUGGCCAAAAGCAUUUACAAGUAUCCUAGUGACGUCAGAUACUGGGUACGUCUCGUUAGAAUUUUACUGUUGGAUACGAACUUAAGCAAGUUCCGAAAAUGUGCAGAGAAAGCUUUGUGUCUAAGCAGGAGCACCUCUAUGAGCGAUAUUGUGUAUGUCGCGUGUGCAUCGGCGUAUAGCCACCUUGGCACGAAAGAAGCUCUUAGGCAGGCUCAGAAAAAUGUAUUUACGUACCCUGCUAAUAUCGAAAGCUGGGCCAAUUUAAUCGCCAUUUUUCUAUACAGAUGUAUAGAUGAAGAUUGUGAAAUUGAUAAUCAAUGGUUGUCAUCGUUAAUAUCUAUAAUACAAACGCAAUUCCAAACUUCCGAACACAUGUCGCAGUGGCUCGCCAAAGCGAAAGAGAUUAACAAUUCCUAAUCUCGAAUAGAGAUUAAGGCCUUGCAUCUCGUAACUUAAAUAUGUAAUGGUUUUAUUAUCUUCUAAUAUUCUACAUUCUAAAUUUAAAUUAAUAAAUCAUGUAAUACAUUUUAUAAA